GCCAGUGCGCUCGCGUCCUCCGCUAUGGCCACACUCUCGCGCACGCUUAUAGCGUUGCUCGCGCUCGGCGCGUGCGCCGCGCUCAUAGACGACGCGCUGGACGUCAUACGUUUAGGAAAAGAGAUCGGCGAAGAAGUGUUAAACUCAUGGGAUAUAGUUGGGAAGUCGUUUAACGCGUCAGGGGGUGUCGAGUUGCCGAUAAUUAAGAGGAAGGAGAGGGUUAUCUUAUCGAAAUUGGCUCAGGUUUCGCGCGCGAUACAGAGGUUGGAAUUGGGGGUGGAGAAAACGGCUGCUGUCGCUGAGCUGUUAGCGAAAAGCGGUGGUAGGGGGGCACGAUUGGAACUGCGUCUACAUGAGAUGGCAGAUCUGCUUAGUAGGGUAUCAUCAGCUAAUAGACAGAUGAGGGAAUACGUGAGCAUCCAGCAGGAGUUGGAGCCGAGUACGCUGCAGGACUUCGCGGAGUGGUGCGUGUCGCACGACCCUGGCGCGCUGCCGGGGUUGCUCGAGCGAGUGCAUUCGCUGGUCGUGCCGCCGCAUACGCAUCUGCUCGGCCGGGGGAUCCUGCAGCUCGUCUUAGAUGAUAUACAGGAACAGAGCCAGGACCUGUGCGAGCUGCAGAUGUCGCCGCACCAGCUCAUCUACGACAUGUACAACACCAUCGCCCUCACGGAGAUCAAGGGCUAUGCCAUGAUGCAGUUCUCCUGGAUCCUGCUCAAGAUCUACGGGAAAGGCAACUACACCGAGGAAGCCAGCCUGACGCGACAACGCUACGCCGAACGGACGGAGAAGACAGCAGCCGCCGCCAAAGCAGCACUCGCUAUGUCCAAACGAGGGGUCUAUCGGUGCGAUCCAGCUCAGCAUAAAGAAGGGGAAACGUUCGCGCAAGUAACUCGCCUACUCCAGGGCUACAUCGAGAACGAAGUUGACAUGAACACUGACGGCACGUGUCGGGACAACUGCGCGUACUAUUCGUUAGCUGAGCGCCACGGCUGCUUUAAAGAGCUGUACUGCGCGAAGCAGAGGCCGUGCAAUGGAAGGAUACUUAACUGCCAGUAUAUCGACUCGGAUAUGUGGGUCUGUCCUGCGGGUCGGAACAGCAACCGGCGGUACGAGUGGAUCGAGUACGAAAACGGGCGGACCCUCGGCAGAGCCGGCAGGUGCACGCUGGGAACCACCAAGGUGGACUCUUGGUGGCGCUGGAACCUCCAGCACUGCUCGUACUGCAUGUGUCUAUGCGAGGAGCCGGCGUCGGAGGCCGAGCGCGUCUUCAGCUUAAGGGAGGCCGUGACGGACUUACAGAAGAACAAGGUAGUAACAGGGCUGCGUAUCGUGAAGAUCGGCAGAGUAUUCCACCUACAAAUCAGCGAAGGCGUGUUGGGAGAGCGAGGAGCGGUAACUCCAAGCGGAUGGGUGCCGGUGGUCAAGUUUGACCCGGCGGAUGUCGGAGUGGCGGAGACGGACUAUCACACGCUGACCUACGAGCAGAGGGCCAUCGAUUUGGACGAACUGGACUCGCCCAAGGGACACGUGCUGACUGGAGUCAGGUGGCGAAUGAUCGGCGCGCAUCUACACUUUGAGAUCCGAUCAACACCCUUCAACUACACGACAGGGCGCCUCGCGCCCGACCGCAGCCAAUGGAUCAGUAAUGACAACACAGAGGGCGCUGAACAACCAAGGAAACGGCUAGAGCUGUACAAACCAGACGUGCCGACGCGCAGCGCGGCGCCCAUGCCGGUGGACUCGACGCACGACCAGUACGUCGAGUUCGUCAACUCGGACUUUGAGGCGGAUGCCGCUCAGACCACGGUACCAUUCCUGGACGUGCAGCCCGUCGAGCCCAUGAAGGGGGCGUCGCUAGCGAGCGGAGCGGGCGUCGUGCACCGCGGCUCGCGCGGCUCGGGCGGCUUCAUCACCGUGAAGCUGUUCACGUACGACUACAGCCCGCACGUGCGCGCCGACCCGCCGCCCACGCACGAACCCGACUUGGUGCCACUACCCGUAGUCAAUUAGAUGGGGUUCACGUCACUGGGUGAAUCAACUUUUUUGUCACUCGUUGCCAUGGUUACGAUCACUUGAGUCGCUCUUCUCACAAACUAUGCUAUUAUUGUCGCCUGGCUGACGGGACAGAAAAACAACAAAAAAAGUUGAUUCAUCUAAUUGCUCAUUACAGAGAACGCAUAAGUGUGCAAUAAGCAGGCUGCAGUGAGGCCGUACGAUAACACCCAGAUUUACAUGACGUCAGAAUUUUUUACGAUUUUACCCUAUUUCCCCAAAGCGCCAUUUCAGGCAAAAAUAUGUGAUGAAUCUAUUUUUAUGUCUAAUCUCUAGCUGAAUGCACUUAAGCGUCCUCUGGUGUGAGAAUUUAGUUUUUAAUAUCAGUAAUUAGGACGAGUGCGGCCAGAAGCCACGGGAGAUACUUGGUCGCUUAGUAACUUAAUCUCUGGGGUUAUCAGAUUUAAAUCUCAAAGUUUUCAAGGUCAUGCUGCGUUUUCAAGGUCUUCAUCACUUUCAGUAAGCUCAUUUUGGUCAGAGCACUCGAGGGGUUAAAUGUACGUUUAGAAUGUUACAUAUGGAUGUGUAAAGGCGAUAACGGGAUAAUAUAAUCAUAGGAUAGUAAAAAAUAAACGCUUAGUAAAAAUCAUGUUUACGGCACCAAAAUGUAACGAAGACGUUUUUUAUAAGUGCACUAAAUGAAGCAUCAAGUUAUCUACCGAGAGCUUCUGCCGUGGGAACUGUACUCAUGAUUGUAAUGUAAGCUUUUGAUAGUAAUAAAGACUUCUUAAUUAAAGUUUAA